CCAGAACAGAAUAUCAUUCCUGAGAAGACUGAACGGACGCACAGAUGGUCUGUGGACAAUCUGAAACAUGGACGUACGUGUGUAUCCAUGCAUGGACAUCAACAUGCCGAGAAACUUUACGUUAGGGUACAUUAAUUGUAAAGUUUGCGUCGUUUAAGUCUUGCAUGUUUUUUUCCCCUUCUAAUUAGACAAGUAACGUUUCCGUUAGGUACUUUUUUUACCAACAGUGAGACGUUGGACGGUCCAGGUCACAGGCGCAAACUCACAUGCGCCAAAUAAAAAAUGUUGCGCUUUUAAGAUGCGAUACGAACUAAGAGGAAGGAUGGCAAUGACCCUGACAAAGACAGUUAAUCUCAUCACAGGACUGGUCAUUGUUUUCCAGUUACAAAUGAGCUUCAUGAAGCUAAAAUCCGCUUAUGGAGUCUACCGUACUGACACACAGGGGCUAUCUUCUCCAGAGGAAGGGUCGUAUGUAGUCGCAGGGAACAACAAACCCAGGGAGACGCGUCCCAGGUCUGGGGCCCCUGGCUGGGCUGCAGACAACAGGGGCCACUACAGAGACCAGCACCAACCAGAAGAGUCAGAUCCAGACCUGCUGAUGGAGAACGGUCACGACAAUGCUACACAGAUUGUGGACAUUGAUCCCGCCUACUAUACAUCUAAAAUCUACGGUUCUGGAGACUCAGCCAGCAAAGGGCUGUGGGUGAACAUCGAUGAGAUGGAAGAGGAUGAGUGGAAGGUCUGUGGCUUCCUGUCCAGCACCCACAGACAAGCUGAGAGAGUGAAGCUUUCCUUCGACUUCCCUUUCUACGGACAUAUACUAAAAGAAAUCACAGUGGCAACUGGAGGUUUCAUUUACACUGGAGAUAUAAUCCACCAAAUGCUCACAGCCACUCAGUACAUCGCCCCUUUGAUGGCGAAUUUUGACCCAAGCCAGUCCCAAAACUCGACUGUGUUUUACUUUGAUAACGGCACUGCCCUGGUGGUUCAGUGGAACCGGAUGUACCUCCCAGACAACAUCAGUCUAGGAUCUUUCACCUUCCAGGCCGCUCUGCACAGUGACGGACGUAUCAUCUUUGCAUACAAAGAGAUUCCUUUAGACAUCAACGGCAUCAGCACUGAGAAUCAUCCUGUCAAGGUGGGCUUGUCGGAUGCUUUUGUGGUUCUUCAUGAGAUAGAGCAGAUCCCCAAUGUUCGGAGGAGAACCAUUUAUGAGUAUCACAAAGUCGACAUCCUCAAGUCCAAAAUCUCCAAUUCUACAGCUGUGGAGAUGCUACCUCUCCCAACAUGUCUCCAGUUCUCCAGCUGUGGUCCAUGUGUCACUUCUCAGAUUGGCUUUAACUGCAGCUGGUGCAGUCGUCUACAAAGAUGCUCCAGUGGCUUUGAUCGUUACCGGCAGGACUGGGUCGACCUAGGCUGCCCGGAGGAGAGAAGAGAUCCCCGGUGUCUCCGAAUGACAGACGUAACAAACGCCACAUCUCGCCACCUCACACAUACGACCACUCCUGUUACAGCGACUGCAAUGCAUCAGAAGACCUCCAGCACGACCUCCAUCCCCCUCCGCAGUACAUCCACUGUCACCAACCCCUCAACACAUAGCAGCACAAGCAGAAGAAUAAUAUCCACUCAACAGCCUCCUACCAGCAAACCUGCCGAAGAUGACACAAAGAUAUCUUUGCACAUCAAUGAAGCACCAGAAGACGAGGAGACCACAGAGAGUGAUGGGCCACAGCCUGGUCUUCUGGCAGGAAUCAUCAUGGUGAUGGUGAUCAUGGGAGCAGCCGUCCUUGUGUCUGUCUACAUGUACAACCACCCCACCUCCAGCGCCAGCCUCUUCUUCAUGGAGCGGCGACCGACCCGGUGGCCGAUCAUGAAGUUCAGACGGGGCUCCGGGCGCCCUUCUUACGCCGAAGUGGAGGCUCCUGGUCAGGACAAAGACGGCAUGGUGGUCAUCGACCCUAAACAGUCUUUUGUCAUGUCAGACAGAAGAGAGAGUGAACAGAAAGAAGGAUUCAUAGUUCCUGAUCAGAGGGAGCGCUUCCUAGUCUCAGAGAGCUCCUGACCAAAACUACGUAUCCCAGAAAGCUUUGGGACAGAGCUGGACCUUUAUGUAAGGGAGACUUAUUUCCAUUCAGCUGUUGCUCAAAGUCGUUUUAAGGACAGACUUUGAGUGUUCAGAGAGGAAACCACCAAGCCUCUAUGAGGAAAAUGUAACUAGAGAAUAUUUUAUUCACAGUUUUUAGGCAUAACAUAAAAAAGAUAAAAACUUGUGAUUACUGCAUCACAAAGAGCGAGAGGUGACGCUGCUGAAUGUUUGUUUAAGACCAUUUCUCUCAAAGACAGCUGUUAUUUUUCCAGAGCUGUUAUGCGUCGUUUCAAACCUUCACAAGAAGGAAUGUCAUAUUCGGGUGUCAUUUCCUCAUCUCAAAAAUACAGACUAAAUUCCUCACCAUUACACCCACCUUCAUCUGAGGGGCGAACAGGGUGCACAGUGUUUUCACUGCUGUUUACCUCCGAGCAUAACAUUUUUACAGUGAAGAAAAGCCUGCAAGCUUUUUAAUUUCUACUUUAUUUUCUGAACUUAAUAAUAAAAGGCAGAAAACAUAAUUACUGAUUAGUUUGCUGUACAAACAUCCACAACCAUGGAAAAAAACACAGGUCUAUAUUUUAGACAUGAUACAGUCUCGCAACAAUUUUCUAACAUGCUAUAAUUGUUCCCACAUGUGUAAUCUGUAUAUUUAUGAUACAAUGGUAAAAAUUGCAGGUUUUAGAUAGUGGCUUAUAAUUUAGUGUUUUUCAGUCACUGUACAGUAUAGCUUUCUUUAUCAGCAAGUUAAAUGGACAGCUAAUGAUGUUAAAAUGAAGUCUUUCAAAAGUGUUAUUAAAACAUUAGGAUUUUUUCGAACACAUGCUGUUAUACAAUGUAAUAAUUUCACCAGUUCUCUCAUUUUUUUGGGAAAUCUAAAAAAAAGUCCUAAAACUCACAUGUUCAAAAGUUGUGAUUUUCUAGUGAGCUGAUGGUUUAACCUGCUCCUUCUCUAUAUCAGAUUGAUCGAUGCCUAUACAUUUUCAGAACUGUUAAGGAGUUUCAUCUACUGUAUGUUUUGGUAAGAUUACACGAGAAUCAACAGUUUCCUCCAGUGACAUACAGUACUAGUGUCCUGUAUUAUUUGUGUUUUCAUGUUUAGUCUAAAAAUGAAAUUAAGGCAAUGGAACUUAAGACCGGCCUGUAGGCUGCAGAGUGAGAGGGUCAAGGCACUGCUGUGUUGGAGGUACUGCAAAGGUCCUGGGUCGAUGAUUUAGGUUUCCUUUUUGUCUUCUGACAGAAUUAGACAAAAUGAAAAUGAUGCAUUAAUAGUGAUCUUGAGGUACUAUAAUAAAAGAGUCCAAUAGCA